AAUCAUGAUUUUUUUUACAAAUCAAUUUCUGUUGAUUAUAUCAAUGAUAAUAUUAUAUAAUAUAAAUCAUCAUCAACAUCAAACACAAGCAGCAUGUAUAUCAAAUAAUAAAUCUAAAUGUUCAAUGAAAUAUGCACAAGAAAUUGAUCUUUAUGCAUCACGUAUAGCAAAUGUUGGUAAACGUGGACGUUUUUUUCCAAAAAACCAGAUUGAAUUGGAACAAUUUUGCAGUGAAACAAAAAAUAUGACCAAUUUGAUGGAAAAUUAUAUGAAACAAUGUUGUGAACGUGAACUUGGACAUGUAGCUAAAAUCUAUAUUUAUAGUAUAAGAAAAAAUACAAAAUUAUUAUGUUCAAAACGUAGUAAUAAACGUACAUCAAUGAUGACAAAAUUAUUUACCGUUGCACCUUGUAUUAAUCAAAAGAUUCGUGAUUUUCAAUGUUUGGCUAAAUUUAAAAAUCAAACUAAACAAAUGGUUCAUUAUGGUGAUGAUAAGGAAAAAAUUCGUCGUAGUUGUUGUCACUAUAAUGAUUGGAUUGAAUGUGAAGAAAAAUUCAUCAAUGAUUUAACAUGUAUCAAUGAUGAACAACAUCGUGAAUUUGCUAUAGAUUUAUUACGAUCAUCACGUGGUGAUACACAUCGAUUUUUAUGCGGUGAAUUUGAUGAAACAUCCGAUAAAUGUGAUCAUCAAAAAAAAUUAAAUUCAUCAUUAUUUGAUCCAAAAAUGAAUAUGGAUUCACGAUUACAAUCAUUAGUGUUUAUUGGUCUUCAUUUACUUGAAUCAAUUGGACAUAAUUCUAGUAUUAAUUAAAUUUUAUCAUUAAACAAAAC